AAUAAUACAGAACAAUCGCGAGCCACCAGGUGCUCUCGAAGUCACGAGACCACGAAGAGGCGCAGACGUACCACGUGACAUUGUCCGGCCAAUGACACGUCUCCAUGCUUCAGCUGCUUCUUUCUUUUUCUCGUGUUUUCUCGAACACGUUUUUCAGAGCAGACGAAGGCCUUUUCGAAAACCGGCGUCUUCACGUCCUGCACUGUGCGUGCGUACAGUACGUGCUGCCCGACUGCUCAGAAUCUGCAAGUUUCGUACAACGUUUUUGAUAGCCGUGCUAAGGAAUCAUCAUGUCUCUGUUCCCGCUCAUCAACCGCGGCUCCUGGGGCCCUUCAGACUUGGCGAGGCGCUUCUUCGACGAAGACGACGUCGCCGGCUCCCUGCUUCUCGACGGUGAAAUGUACGACCCGCCAUUCUACCACCAACGUUACUUCGUGCAACCUCGCCGGCACCUUAACCAAUCGUCGUCGACGUCAAACGGCGGCGGCAACGGCGUCUGUUCAGCCCGCCAGCAAAGCAACGGCACGACCGCGGUCGCUUGCUCUCCGGACAAGUUCGCUGUUCGCGUCGACACCCGACACUUCGCGCCCGACGAGAUCUCCGUCAAGACUCGCGACCACUGCGUCGUUGUCCACGGCAAGCACGAAGAAAAGUCGGACGACCGCGGCUGCUACGUCAAGCGAGAGUUCACCCGGCGCUACGUGCUGCCCGAAGACGUCGAUCCCGAGUCUGUCGAGUGUCACAUGACUCACGGGGGACUUCUGUCGCUCGAAGCGCCGCGGAAGAAGUUCAAGAGGGACGACGCCAAGCCGAUUCCGAUUAAAGUUCAACACGAAGGUGGCGGUGAUGCUUCUGCACCUGCGCCAACUGCUAACGCGACCAACGGAGACGUCGGCGACGAGGCCAAGUAGAACGCCCUCCGCCUGCGUUCUACGGCCUCCGAGAUCCGCCAGAUCACGGGCGCUAUGCGCAUUUCUUCUCAACAACGUUCCUGCCGUAACACUGCCAUUGUUCGUGCGUUGUUGCGUCUUUAGGCACUCCAUUUUACACUUUUGUGCGAACUUUCAAACUUUUCUCGUGUGAAUUGAUACGUUCUCGUUUUAUUGCGGUCGAGUUUGAACGGUGCGUAUGUUGAUGAAUUCUCGUCAAGCUGGUUUAAGGGUUCGCGUUUUUCUUUGCUCGAGAGAGCAAGAAAAAUGCGCAAAUGUUUGUCGCUAGUCUCUCCCGGAAAUCUUAUCCUCCGACGUGUUGUAUUGGUUGGCGGAGCAACUCUUGUAAGUUAUAAGAGUUUUGUGUCGUGUGUCUUCUAUAAGGGCUCACCUGUCACAUAGCGUUAAUUAUUCUUGUUUUAAUUUAUUAUUGUAUCUUUUCCGUCCGAUACUGAGUUAAUGUGCGUGUGAAAAGCUCUCAGGCGACACGAGUGAAUCUCAAUGGACUCCUUUGUAAGUGCUGCAUACUUCUACACUUAAUAAAUUUGGAGCUUACCCUCUGCA